UGCUUGCUGAUCACGAGUGCGCAUGUGCUAACUAUCAACAGACUCAAGAGUAGCAGCUCUGUGGUGGCAGCCUAUGCUGAGCAAUAUAUUCCAUGGACAUUUUUGAAUAACAUGUGAACAUCCCAGUUCAAAUAUAACCCGUUUUUGGGACCAUUGCGGAAGUAACUUUUUUCUCAGUGAUAAGAAAUUGCUUUAAUUGAUUAGGCCUAAGUACUACCGCACUGCGCAGUGACUGUUGGGGGAAGUUCGCGGCUGGACUUGCUGUAUUGUCUGCCCCAGACACCGCCGAGUGUCUUCUACAAGCGCUGUCCAAGGCUACUUCAGAGCAGACCAUCCACAUUGGCGUGUUUUCGCAUCAUUAAAGACCGCAAUAAUACAUUUCGUAGAGCGGUGAAGUCAUUGAAAAGUAUACAUAUUUGUCUUAUUUUUUCAAAAAUGGCCGCAGCAGUGGAAAUGGACGGAAGUAUAAUGGAGGGUGGCGGGCAAAUUUUGAGAGUAACCGCCGCACUGAGUUGCAUCAACGGCGCAUCCAUCAGAAUACACAAAAUCCGCGCAGGUAGAAGUACACCAGGAUUAAGACCACAACAUCUGUCAGGGUUGGAGUUGGUGAGAGACAUUUGUUGUGGAAAUCUAGAGGGUGGCACAGUGGGAUCUACUGAAGUCACACUCAUCCCUGGGAAAAUAAAGGCUGGGAAGCACACCGCAGACCCCCAAACAGCAGGGAGUGUUGGGCUGCUGCUGCAGGUCUCUCUACCCUGUGCCCUGUAUGCUGACGGACCCUCGGAGCUCUGUCUGAAGGGGGGCACCAACGCAGACAUGGCCCCGCAGAUUGACUACACCAUAAAGGUAUUCAAGCCCAUCGUGGAGAAGUUUGGAGUACAUUUUGACUGUGAUUUGAGAAUGAGGGGCUACUACCCCAAAGGUGGAGGUGAGGUGGUGGCCAAGGUAAACCCAGUGAGUGAGCUGAGCCCCGUCACCAUGACCGAACGAGGGACCAUCACCAAGAUAUAUGGCAGGUCCUUUGUUGCUGGGGUGCUACCCUAUAAGCUCGCCAAGGACAUGGCAACGACGGCGACAAGAGUUAUCAGGAGAGAGAUAAAGGACCUGUACAUAAACAUCCAAACGCUGCAGGAGAAGGACAUGGCCUGUGGGAGCGGCAACGGCAUCAUAAUCAUCGCAGAGUCUUCCACGGGCUGUAUAUUUGCAGGGUCAGCUCUUGGGAAGAAAGGUGUGUAUGCAGACAAAGUGGGCUUCGAGGCUGCAGAGAUGCUGCUCAGGAAUAUAAGGCACAACGGCUGUGUGGAUGAGUUUCUCCAGGACCAGCUCAUCCUCUUCAUGGCCUUGGCGAAUGGCACCUCCAGAAUCCGCACUGGCCCAGUCACCCUACACACACAGACUGCCAUCCAUGUGGCAGAGCAGCUCACCCAGGCUAAGUUUACAGUGACCAAGGCAGAAGAUGAGAAUGCCAGCAAUGACACCUACAUCAUCGAAUGCCAAGGAGUGGGUGUCACCAACCCUCAUUUCUAGCCACGCCCAUGUGUUGUCUCCCCACCCCUUUUAUGUUGACAUCUCCACCUUCAGUCGUGGAUAGAAGAAGAGGCACUGGAGAGACUUGAGGACUCAUAGCCGAUACACUACUGUGACGUCACUGAAUAGUCUGACGCUGCUUCUAUUUAUAUUAUGAUUUAUGGCCCUUGUGGCUCGAUAUUCAAGCAAAUUAAUUAUUGGUUUAGAAACAUUCAGCCACAUGAGUUGGUUAUCGUUGUCCUUUUCCCCCUAUUGCAUUAACUAUCAUUACCCUCUUAGCUUGUAUAACUCAGGGUAUUAAUGCCUUACACUGUUAUAAUAAAAACCUUCGAUUUCUGCGUA